AUGCCAGGUGAGACGGUGGCCGUUGUCGGACCCAGUGGCAGCAGCAAGAGCACGAUUGUAUCGCAGCUUGAGCGUUUCUGCGACCCGAUGGGCGGCAUUGUGACCGUAGAUGGUGCCGACAAGCGAAUGCUGAACGUGAAGUGGUCGCAUUCACAGAUUGGAUUAGCAGGUCAAGAGUCGUCGCUCUUUGCGACAUUCGUUAUGGAGAGUAUUCCCUACGGGUGUACGUCAGCCACAGACAAGCAGACACAGCGGAUUGCCAUUGCUCGUGCAAUUAUCAAGAAAUCUCCGAUCUUGCUGCUGGGCGAAGCUACCAGCGUGCUUGACACAGAGAGUGAACGAAUUGUCCAAGCAUCGCUCGACCGCCAACAAGCAAACACGGACCUAACAACAAUUCUCGUUGUACACCACUUGUCCACGAUCCGCUACGCCAACCGUAUUGCAGUCCAUAGCGGUGAUGCGAUCGUAGAGAUCGGUUUGCGCGAGGAGUUAAUGAAACUGGACAACGGGCACGACCGUAUCCUAGCUCAAGCUCAGGAUCGCGUUUCGAGCGAAGAGGACGAGAAAUCGCUGUUGAAGAAGUGA